AUGCCGGACGCGCUGACCCUCGUGAAGAACCGCACCGAGUCCGAGCCGCCGCCGCCGCCGCGGCUGCAGCUGCAGCCCGGCCAGCUGGAGGAGCGCGUCCUGGGGGUGGGGGGGCCCGCGGGGGCCCCGCGCCCCGCCUGGGUCAUCGCCAUCCUGGCCAGCGUGCUCAUCUUCACCACGGUGGUGGACGUGCUGGGGAACCUGCUGGUCAUCAUCUCCGUGUUCCGGAACCGCAAGCUCAGGAACUCGGGUAAUGUGUUUGUGGUAAGCCUUGCAUUUGCUGACCUGGUGGUCGCCUUCUACCCGUAUCCCCUGGUCCUCUACGCGCUUUUCCAUGACGGCUGGGCGCUGGGAAACACACAAUGCAUGGUCAGCGGGUUCCUGAUGGGGCUGAGCGUCAUCGGAUCCAUCUUCAACAUCACUGGCAUCGCGGUGAACAGAUACUGCUACAUCUGCCACUCCUUCUCCUACAGCCGACUGUACAGCUAUCGCAACACUUUGCUGUUUGUUGCCUUAAUCUGGGUGCUAACAAUCGUGGCUAUUGUUCCAAAUUUCUUCGUUGGUUCCCUGCGCUACGACCCGCGGGUCUACUCCUGCACCUUUGCCCAGAAUGUCAGCAGUUCCUACACAGUGGCCGUCGUGGUCGUCCACUUCCUGGUUCCCAUUGCCGUUGUCACUUUUUGUUAUCUACGCAUCUGGGUCCUCGUGAUACAGGUUCGGCGUAAGGUGAAGACGGAGGAGAGCCCGCGCCUCCGGCCGAGCGACAUGAGGAAUUUCAUCACCAUGUUCGUGGUGUUUGUGCUGUUCGCCAUCUGCUGGGCGCCGCUGAACCUGAUCGGCCUGGCGGUGGCCAUCGACCCGGCGCGCGUGGCGCCGCGCAUCCCCGAGUGGCUGUUCGUGGUCAGCUACUUCAUGGCCUACUUCAACAGCUGUCUCAACGCCGUCAUCUACGGCCUGCUCAACAGAAACUUCAGGAACGAGUACAAACGCAUCGUCACGUCCGUGUGGGUGAACCGGCUGUUCGUGACGGAGACGUCGCGCGCCGCCACCGACGGCCGCAGCAUGCGCAGCAAGCAGUCGCUGCCGCCGCCGCUCAACAACAACGAGUCGGUCAGAGAUCGCGCCAACAAAGAAUGAAACCAGGAUUAUACGGCCAGUCGAGUGGUGCACUGCAAAAACUCACAAU